AUGCUGUUGACUGGCGAAAUUCCACCUUCGCAAGGAGCAAUAUCCUUUGACACCGAUUUUUUGUUAUCAGACAUAUCACUAGAUCCCUCAGCAAUUCACCGUGGUGCCGUUAAUGGGGGUUCAUUGGCUGAUGAGUCAACAUUAAUGACUCCUGAAGAUUUUCGUUCUCCAUUGCCAUGUGCAUUGACUUUCAUUGUCUCCACUUUUUUUGUAAAGUUCUCAUCGUCUCGCCACCUGGUGUCCUUGGAAAAUCCCCUCUACAUCUUCAGCAACUUUGUCAUGUCGCCUGAUCGAUUCAGAUUUUCCUCAGUAAAAUUUGAAUCAGUUUGA